AGGGGUGCAGGGACUUCGGAGUGAAGAGAAGGGGAAGAUCGAGAAAGAGUGGGCAGGGGUCACAGGGCGAGUGAGCGGCCAGGGCAGGAGCGUUCCGGUGGCACCAUGCCUUCCCUGCCGGUGCUGACUUUCUCCGCGUGCGCCCUGCUAGGCUGGGCAAUGCUGGCUGGCUGCGCAGAAGGCGGCGGCUGGGGCGCGGGCGCCGGGCGCCGGGAGAGAGAGGCACAGCCUCCGCAGAAGAUUGAGGUGCUGGUGCUAUUGCCCCAGGACAACUCGUACCCGUUCUCCCAGGCUCGAGUGCGACCUGCCAUCGAGUACGCACUGCGCAGCGUGGAGGGCAACGGCACCGGGCAGGGGCUGCUGCCGCCCGGCACUGGCUUCCAGGUGGCUUACGAAGACUCCGACUGUGGCAACCGUGCGCUCUUCAGCCUGGUGGACCGCGUGGCCGCAGCUCGUGGCGCCAAGCCCGACCUCAUCCUGGGGCCCGUGUGCGAGUACGCGGCGGCGCCCGUGGCCCGGCUGGCAUCGCAUUGGGACCUGCCCAUGCUGUCCGCUGGGGCGCUGGCCGCUGGCUUCCAGCACAAGGACGAGUACUCGCACCUUACGCGCGUGUCUCCAGCCUAUGCCAAGAUGGGCGAGAUGAUGCUCGCUCUGUUCCGCCACCACCAGUGGACCCGCGCCGCCCUCAUCUACAGCGACGACAAACUGGAACGCAACUGCUACUUCACCCUCGAGGGGAUCCACGAGGUCUUCCAGGAGGAGGGCUUGCACACCACCUCCUACAGUUUCGAUGAGGCCAAAGACUUGGACAUGGAGGAGAUCAUGCGUUACAUCCAGGCCAGUGCUCGAGUUGUGGUCAUGUGUGCAAGCAGCGAAACCAUCCGGGGCAUCAUGCUGGCCAGCUCACAGUCAUGGGUGAUCAACGUGAAGGUUUAUGCCUUCUUCAACAUUGAGCUCCUUCAAACAUCAACCUCCGGGAACGGCUCGUGGAAGAGAGGAGACAACACGACUUUGAAGCUAAGUCAAGCAUACUCAUCUCUCCAGACAAUUACUCUACUGAGGACAGUGAAACCUGAGUUUGAGAAGUUUUAUGAGGUGAAAAGUUCUGUUGAGAAACAGGUCAAUAAGGAGGAUUACGUUAACAUGUUUGUUGAAGGAUUCCAUGAUGCCAUCCUGCUCUAUGUCCUAGCUUUACAUGAAGUUCUGAGAUCUGGUUACAGCAAGAAAGAUGGAGGGAAAAUUAUCCAGCAGACUUGGAACAGAACAUUUGAAGGGAUUGCUGGACAAGUUUCUAUAGAUGCCAAUGGAGACCGCUAUGGGGAUUUUUCUGUCAUCGCCAUGACUGACGCGGAGGCAGGAACCCGGGAGGUUAUCGGUGAUUACUUUGGAAAAGAAGGUCGUUUUGAAAUGCGUCCAAAUGUCAAAUAUCCAUGGGGACCUUUCAAGCUGAAAAUAGAUGAGAGCAGAAUUGUGGACCAUACAAACAGCUCUCCUUGCAAAUCAUCAGGUGGCCUACAAGAAUCAGCAGUGACUGGGAUUGUUGUGGGAGCAUUGCUGGGAGCUGGUUUGCUACUGGCCUUCUACUUUUUCAGGAAGAAAUACAGAAUAACCAUUGAGAGGCGAAACCAGCUAGAAGAAAAUACCAUUGGAAAACAUCGGGAGCUACGAGAAGAUUCCAUCAGAUCCCAUUUUUCAGUGGCUUAA